UUCCCUUGAAAACCAUGAAUGAGAAGCAAUGUAUCAUGAGGCUUCCCAACAUUUGAUCAUUAUCAAGCCGGUACACGGACAUACUUUCUCACCGACCAGUUACUCUCCGAGCCUCUGAUCCAAACAUGCUGUCUGUUAUGCUUCGGAAUAUAACUUGUGACCUGACGUCCCCGGCCUCAACACUGGCGCCCCAAAUGUCGUCUCUGCUUAUCUCGAUACCGCUAACUGAUAUUCCCUCUCUACUGGGAAGAACACUCGGAGCAGUUUUUAUUGCGGAUAUUAUAGCUUCAAUCUUCUAUGGAAUAACCAUUCUACAGACCGUCGUCUAUUACAAACAAUAUCCUGAAGAUCCGUGGUUCCUUCGAUAUGCGAUCGCCUUACUAUGGAUAUUCGAUACCCUUCACGUUGCCUUGAGUACCCACGCACUUUAUUUCUACCUUGUCAAAUCGUCUGGAAACUAUCUUGCCCUAUUCGGAAUUGUUUGGAGCUUUCCUCUGCAGAUCCUGCUCAAUAUGUUGAUUAUCCCUUGUGUUCAAAUAUUAUACGCCGUCAGAAUAUGGAAACUCGGUAGUCACUUCCAUGUCGUCUUGCCACGCUUUAUCUUCCUUGCUGUCGCAGCUACAUUCGGCGUAGGAGUCUAUGUCACAUACGCUGCAUACACCCUGAGAAGCUUUGUGAACAUCCCGGACAUGACGGUAUCCAUAUAUACGAAUUUCUCCACCAUCUCUGUUGCCGAUUUCGUCAUCGCCGGUGCGAUGUGCUUUUAUCUGCACAAGGGCAGGUCGAUGACCAGCAUCUCCAGUACUACUAAGAUAAUUGUGAGAUUAAUGCGGCUCGCAGUGAUAUCUGGACUGGUGACGAGCUUAUGCUCCCUUUUUACUCUCAUUGCAUACAUUGCCUGGCCUGAAUCUCUCAUUUUUGAAGCAAUCAACUUUGUUUUGCCAAGGCUGUAUAUAAACUCUCUACUUGCCAUGCUCAAUUCACGCAGGAGUUCGAUGUGGUCUGUUGAAAAAGGACAUCACGUUAACAAAAAGAUAAUGAGAUUUGCUACCCCUGUCGCUGGAAGUGGGACUGCUGAUUCUGGAGAGACAGAUAUCACCAUAUCAGAUCUCUCUGCAGCUGAAGCAGAGACAAAUAGCACAUUGCCUCUCCCUGCAAUGGAAGGAAAUCGGUCAUGGUUUGAGUAGCAUGGUAACAUAGUUCACCCUAUUUAGUUUAAUUCUCUCUCUUUCUGUCCAAAUAUGACUAGUUUGUAAUUAGACGUUGAUCCAGAUGCUAGUGCUUUCCACUAGAAGAUGCUUGCAGCACAAGCACGAGCAAAACACAUUCGGAAUAAUCCAUAGCAGUCAGUUGCGGAGGUGCCAGUGGAAAGAAUAUUCAUUCCCCUACGAAAC